CUUCCCGCAGUGCGUGAGAGAAUAACAUCGGGGAAGGAGAUUUGCCGUUCUGUGUGAUGAGAUAUAAAGCUCAGUGCUUCCAGUAGACAGCAUUCACUCCUCUCACGGGAAGAAGAAGAAUCAGAACUCAUCCGAGUCUGCUAUCAACAACAUGAAGGGACUUCAGGUUUUGCUCAUCUGCGCUUUGGCUACUUUUGCCUUUGCAAAGGAUAAACGUGGAGGGCAUAAGAAAUUUUUUGGAGGAUUAAACCCUGGUUUAGGUGGUGCUGAUCCAGGAUUUGGAGGUGAUUUUGGAGGUGGCAUCAACCCAGGCUUUGGAGGAGGAUUUGGAGGAGUUUCCAACACCUGCAGACGUUGGUGCCGAACUCCCGAGGGACAGGCAUACUGCUGUGAGAGCAACAAUGAGCCUGACACCAUUCCCUUCGUGAAGCCAGGUGUAUGCCCUCCCGUUCGCCCUCAGUGCCCACCCGUCAGGACCUUUGCCCCUCCACAGACAUGCUCCAACGACAGCAAAUGCGGAGGCGUUGACAAGUGCUGCUACGACAGGUGUCUUGAGGAGCACGUGUGCAAACCGCCAGUUGGGUCUUCCGGCUUUGGAGGAUUUUGACUUCGUGGAUAAUCUCUAACCUUAUUUUCACUUAACAUCAUGUUAAAUCAUAAUACAAGUAAUUAUUUUCACAUUCAUAAAAACCAAAGAUAUUCGAUAAUAAAUAUUUUACUUUCAAAGCAGAA